AUCUUUCGGGACGAUCCUCUGUCGGACACCAUGGAACAAGCACUGCCAGCGCUGCAUGCCCUGUAUUCGGAGACCGAUCCAACGACCAAGAAGCAAGCAGAUGAAUGGCUCACCAAGUUUCAGCAAACACCUGCAGCCUGGCAAGUUUCAGAUCAGCUUCUGAGCUCAUCAGACGCGCCCAUGCAGUUUCGUUUCUUCGCUGCGCAAACGAUUCGCACGAAAGUUCAGUUUGACUUUUACGAGCUGCCCGCUGACAGCUAUGGGAGCCUCAGGGAUUCGAUGCUCAACCACAUCGACAGGUUUCGAGCUAAUGAGCAUCAGCCCAUCCACACGAUGCUGGCGAUUGCUCUAGCAGAUCUGGCAAUUCAAAUGGACCAUGCUUGGCCAAAUGCCGUGGAGACCAUGUUCCAACGCUUCGGGCAGAGUCCUGAGAGUUAUCCAACGCUCCUGGAGGUUGUCCGGAUGUUGCCAGAGGAGAACAACAACUACAAGCUGAUGACAGACAGCUUCAAGCGUGAGAGCUGUAGCCAAAGGUUACAAGCGGCGACGCCUCAAGUUGUCCAAUUCCUCCUGAACUUGCAAUGCCCGACCAUGCAAGCGAGGAGGAAAGUUUUGGAAUGCUUUUUAAGCUGGAUCAAGUAUACCAACUUACAAGCCUCAGAUAUUGCGCAGAACCCGUUGAUCCCAGAGUGUUUCAAGCACGUGGUGGAGGGCGGAGAGUUGAGCGAAACCGCCACAGACAUCAUUGUAGAGGUCUUGCGCAUGUGCGCGCCUGACAUCAACUUGUACCAGCCGGUGAUUCAUGUGAUCAUGAGCCAGUUGGGUGGCCUCCGCUCUAAGUUUGAAGCACUUCUGAGUCGUGGAGUCGAGGCUGCUCUGGAAAGCGAAGAAGACAGAAUUCUGCAGAUCUGCCGGAUAUAUGUUGAGGUUGGAGAAUGCUUGGUGCCUCUGGUCAUGACCCAAUGCGCUGAUGCGCAGAUCGUGAGCAUUCUGGAGGUGAUCCUGAGAUGCACUGAUUUGUCGUCCGAGGAGAUCAGCUCCAUACCUCUAGAGUUUUGGCACCGGCUGGCCGAUGAAGUCUGCCGACAUCCGGAGACCGAUGUGAAGAUCGACCAAUUCCAAGGUGUGUAUCGGGAGCUGCUGAGUGCCAGCAUCCGCAGAUGUACACUAAGCACCAGCCAAGAUCCUUUCCAAGCAGAUGAUGAGAUUGCCGCUUAUCGACAACGGAUCCUGGGACUGGUCGAAGAUUGUCUGGAGGUGUUGACACCGAACACCGCCCUGGAGCAUGUCUUAAAGAGCCUGCUCAGUGGACAGCAGCAAGGAGUGGUGGUGCAAGAAGCUCACUUUUUUGUACUGACCAUGGUUGCAUCGCGGGCAGAAGUUCGAGAUGGCAGCGUGCUGUGGCAGCUGAUUCAAUCCCUGCCACCAUUGAUUUCCUCCUCAGCACCCUCAGAGACCACGGAGGGUGCUAUUCUGCAUUUCACCAAGAAGACAGCCAUUGAGCUGUUGGGCAACUUAUGGCAAUGGGUGAAGACGCGUCCGGACUUCUUGCGAUCGUCUUUGGAGAUGAUCUCCCAGUUGCUGCUGGCGUCGGAUCCUCCCAACAGCCCCGCGAACAUCGUGGAACGCACCAAGCAGGUGCAACAGGCGGCGUCCAUGGCCUUCAAAGACAUCUGUGUGGGUGGCAAACAUCAUCUGCAGGAUUUGGUGCCGCAACUGACUCAACUCUACGUGACCACCAUUGCGUUGCCCAUCCGGAUGCAUCUCUUCAUAGUGGAUGGCAUUGGAUCUGUAGUUGCCAGCAUUCAUCACGACGAGCAGUUUCGGACCGGUCUGGAGCAAUUGGUGUCACCGCUGGUUCAAGGCCUCAACUCGGAAAGGGAGCGGCCCAAUGUGCUCAGUGAGAUCCUUGAUAGGCUCACGACCAUCAUCCGCCAGAUCCACAUCCGCGAGGGCUCAGCGAAAGCAGCCAGCGUCGGCGCUCUGAUCAGUAACACCUUUUGGCCGGUGAUCCGACAAUGCCUCGCCCAGCAUCCAGGGGAUUCCAAAUUGGUGGAGAAGAGCUGUCGUUUGUUGAAGCAUUCCAUGCGCUGUGUGCCAGAUCUCUUCAAGCCAAAUCUUUCGGAUGUGGCGCGAACAUUGGUGACGGCCUUUCAACAGCACCAGCACUCUUCGUAUCUCUAUUCUGCUGAAAUCUUGGCGCAUACCUACGCCAAAGAUCCUGAAAUUGUCCCUGUGCUCACCGAGCUGUUCAACCAGCUGAGCAGCAUUGGCUUGCAGUGCCUCAUGCAAUACAAAGACAAACUGGAGGAAAUCACAGAAUUAGUGGAGGAUUUUUUCGGAAUGUUCGAACGAUAUUUGAGAUUCGCUCCGAGGAUUGUGUUAGAGUCUCCGACUCUUCCUCCUACGAUGCAACUCUGGAGUCUUGCAAUUUUUGUUCAACAAAAGGAGGCUGUCGAGGCUAUCAUCGCCUUCAUUGAGUCUGUUCUGUCGCACAUUUCAGAGGCUGGAAAGCUGGGCAAUCGCUAUUUCGAUGAGUCCAAGGCGAAUAUUGGACGAAUGCUGCAGCCGCACGCUUUACAGGUGGCGCCAAGCUUCGUCCAAGCCAUUUUCCGACUCAUUGCCGGAGUUCCUACGAAAUAUGUGCAAGAGUCCAUCCCUUCCAUCCUGGACCACAUUCGAUUAGCCUUCGCGCAGGAAUUUCCUCAGUGGUUGGAAGCAGGUCUUGCCGGACUGCCACCUUCGGUGGGUUCCAAGGCCGAGCUGCAAAAGUUCGGGGAACACAUCGUGAAUGGCGACGACCAACGACUCUAUGAAGCGAUACAGGACCUGUGCUAUCGAUGCGAACAGGUGGUUCUGAGAAGUCGAGGACAGAAUGACUCGAACAGCGGCGGCAGGAGGAGAAAGUAGAAUAUCCCUACGGUUUGCUGGGAGUCAAAAACCUACAGGAUAGAUUUUGGUGAUGUUCUUUUCUAUUUUUGAU